AUGCUGCGCCACGUGCUGUGCGUGUUGGCCCUUGCGCUGUGCUGCUGCACGUCUCUGUGUGUAGCUGCAACUGACGCACCUGAGGACACAGUUAAAUUGAAACUUGCCGAGGGUGAAGCGACGAUAACACUGACGCGGACAGUUGGUGCCGGCAACUGUACUCCGUUGUCCACCCCGGCUCCUGAGAAGGCCAAGGAUGUUACUAUUUCCACUACGGUUACUUUGAAGAAGGAGGGUAAACCACCAGAAACGAAAGAAAUGAAGAAUGAACCGUCUACGGUAGUCACUGUCCCCGAUGGGUCCAGCGUAACACUGACUACUUCACUCGUUUUUGAGUGUACGAAGAAAGGUGGAGAUAGUUCUGAGAGCGCUGAGAAGAACUGCCUAGAGGACACAGCUACGACGACUACAAACUACAUCACCUAUGAUGUCAGUGUGAAGUCCACUACUACUGGUGAGGCCACUGUAAAUAUUCUGGAGACAGAAAAGCGUGAAGUGAAGGUCCGAGCUGGGUACGAUGUGAAGAUCAUCGAGAACGUCGUGGCUACUUGCAUCCCGCCACCUACGAGUGAGUCAUCACUUUCAACUACACAGAACGUAAAUUCUGACAAACCACAAGAGGUCCCGAAUGGCGGCAUAUUGCCUCAGUUGGCCACUAACUCACCCGAAUCACCCUCACUUGAUGGUAAUUCCAUCACAACAGAGAGAGAACCUCAGAAGACUCAGGACGGGGUGGAACUUAAAGGAGCUGGCCCCAAAUCGCUUGACACCACCACAAGGAGUGCAAAUCCCAAUGGUGAACGCAUGGGCAGAGAACAGGAAAGUGAUGUCAACAAAGAUCUCUCUACUCCAACCUCCAGCGAGGCAGAGAGCACAGCAACAGAAAACUCCAUCACGGUGAAUGGCGCCGAUCACACUGCCUCCACAGCCACAUCUCAAUCAGAGACAACCACCGAAGGGGCUCCAAACACUGAUGCCGAUGCUCCCACCUCUGCGGGAGAGAGCGUGAAGCCUCCUGGCGGCAACACCGACGCCAGCAGCAACACUGCGUGGGUGCGUAUUCCACUGUUGUUGCUGCUGGCCUGUGUGGCCGUAUGGUAA